AUGAGAUUUGAUUUGGAGAAGGCAUUACCGUUGCCUUUACUUACGACUUCUAAGAUGUAUUAUAAACGGAACAUGUUCGUUUACAACCACGGGUGUCAAGAGAUGAGCAGCGGAAUUAGGUUCAUGCAUAUUUGGGAUGAGACUACAGCUUCUCGUGGCUCUCAAGAGAUUGCAUCCUGUGUCAACUUAAGUACAAGAUCUUUAAUGUUAAGACAUAUCGUGCUGUAUAGUGAUAUCAAUUAUUGCUAA